AUGGAUCCAAUUAUUGGAAGAGAUGAAGAAAUUAAACGAGUUAUUCGAGAACCAGGAGUAGGUAAAACAGCAGUAGUUGAAGGACUUGCACAACGAAUAGUUAAAGGAGAUGUUCCAAGUAAUUUACAAUGUCGAGUUAUUGGAUUAGAUAUGGGAGCAUUAAUAGCAGGAGCACAAUAUAGAGGACAAUUUGAAGAAAGAUUAAAAGCAGUAAUAAAAGAAGUUAAAGAGAGUAAAAUACCUAUUAUAUUAUUUAUAGAUGAAAUUCAUACAGUAUUAGGAGCAGGAGCAACAGGAGAAGGAGCAAUGGAUGCAGCUAAUAUUUUAAAACCAAUGUUAUCAAGAGGAGAAUUACGAUGUAUUGGAGCAACAACAAUAGAAGAAUAUAGAAAAUAUGUAGAAAAAGAUCCAGCAUUUGAAAGACGAUUCCAACAAGUUUAUGUAAAAGAACCAAGUGAAGAAGAUACAUUAUAUAUUCUUCGAGGAAUACGAGAGAAAUAUGAAAAUCAUUAUGGAUUAACAAUUACCGAUUCAGCAUUAGUUUCAGCAGCAACAUUAAGUAAAAGAUAUAUCAAUGGAAGAUUUCUUCCAGAUAAAGCAAUUGAUUUAGUUGAUGAAGCAUGUGCUACAUUAUUUACACAAAAGAAUUCACAACCAGAAGAAAUAGAUAAAUUAGAAAGAAGAGAAACACAAUUAAAUGUAGAGAAAAUAGCAUUAGAAAGAGACAUUAAAGAAAGUGAUGAAGAUCAUAAUAAAAUGAUUAAAGAAAGACUACAAGAAAUUGAAAAAGAAUUAAGUGAAAAUAAAGAGAAAUUAACAAAAUUACGAAUUAAUUAUGAAAAAGAAAAAGGAGGAAGUGAAGAAAUGAAAGAACUUGCAACAAAAAUAGAAGCUAUGAAACAUAAAGCAGAAAGUACUAAAGAUUUAGAAGUAGCAGCUGAUUUAAAAUAUUAUGCAAUACCAGAAGCAGAAAAAAAGAAUGAAAGAAUUAAAGGAACAAAAUAA